AUGUCUGUUCCCUCACCUGCGAAGCGAGGUGGUGAAAGCCAGCCUGGACUGAGCCAGCCCGGACCGAGCCAGCCCGGACUGAGUCAGCUCGGACUGAGCCAGCUCGCAACAACAGGACACACCCACAGUAAUUACACUGAAAACCUUAUUACCAACUUUAAGGUGUAUAGAGAAGAUAAAUUUGAAACCGGCCCCGUUGAAUUUGAGCUUUCGAAAUCAUAUGAAAGCCUGAAAGAAUUUAGAGAACCUGCCGGUGAGUUUGUAAACGGAUCAGAAGUCGGUUUCAUAGAUACAAUAUCUAUCGGUGAUUCUAUUGGAAACUUAGUCGAAAUUGGUAUUUUUCGCUGGCUCUGGCCAGGAUCACAUAUUCCCAUCAGUAUUUAUCCAUUCACGCGAGGGGCAGAUCCAUGUAAAGCCGAACGAAUAAAUGAAAUGCAGAAGUAUCGUGACCUCUAUAAGUUAAAAUACGUAGGAGGCUUCCCUCUUAAGUUGGAAACAUUGCCGCGCAACGAAAAAGAUUUGAUAUACACGAUAAGAAUCGGAUUGGACGUAGCGGAAACCGACAUUAAAGAGUUGUAUGCUAGAUUGACAAUAUGGACAUUGGAGAAGCUAGAUGACUUAAACUUGAUAUACAGCCGCAGCCUUCUUCCGCAACCGAAGGAUUCUCUUAAACAUUGGAAGGAAGACACGUGGUUUGGAUAUCAACGUCUUAAUCGUUGUAACCCCAAAUUAAUAAGAUUGUGUGAAGAAAUCCCUUCAAAACCUGGUGUGGAUGAAGCGAUUAUGGAACCAGUUCUGAAAGGAGAAACACUGGAAGGAUUGAUCAAAAAGAAACGUCUGUUUUACACAGAUUUAGAAAUUUUGGAUGGUGUUAUACACAGAAAAGAAUAUGAUAUGUGUGCUCCCAUUGCAUUAUUUAUGCUGGAUUCAAACGACGAUUUGACACCAAUUGCAAUACAACUGCAACAAGACAAAAGACAAGGAAAUCCUGUCUUUCUUCCAACAGACGAUGAAAGCGUUUGGACUCUUGCUAAAAUGUGGUACAAUAUGGCUGAUGCCAAUUAUCAUCAAUGUGUUGUGCACUUGGGUUUAACCCAUAUGCUGAUGCAAAUUGUCAUUGCUCACAUGCAUAGGAAUAUAUUUCCGACGCAUCCACUCUUCAAAAUUUUGGCCCCUCACACUUAUUUACUUAUGCUUAUCAACGAUUUCGCAUUCAAGAAACUUAUAAAUCCUGGUGCUUGGGUCGACCAAACAAUGACCAUUGGAUAGGAGGGAAUGAUAAAACUGGUUUGUAAAGGGUAAGGUAGAUGCUGAACGCACGCACGCACACACACACACACACACACACACACACACACACACACACACACACACACACACACACACACACACACACACACACACAUACACAUAUAAAUACCCGU